AUGGCUGGAUCCAUCAAUGAAGCGCCUGCUAGUGAUCUAAAGCUUCCAUUCAUAGACUUCUCAUCAGAGCCUGGUGAUCUGAAACAAGGCACUCCCAAUUGGGAUUCCUUGAAAUCCCAAGUUCGGGAAGCACUCGAAGACUACGGCUGUUUUGAGGCUUCCUUCGACAGGGUUCCUAGUCGGCUUCGAACUGAUGUUUUCGAUUCACUUGAAGAUCUCUUUGAUCUGCCUUUGCCCACCAAACAAGCAAGUUUUCCUCCUGAGGCAUUUCCCCAAGGUUACUUGGGCCGUCCUCCAGCCAAUCCAUUCUUCGAGAGCUUUGGGCUAAACGAUCCUCAUUUGCUUGACGUGGUCCAGAACUUCUCUGACAGAUUAUGGCCCCAAGGAGGAAACCCCAGUUUCAGGUGA